AUGUCUACGACGACUACCACCACCACGACGCAGCCGAUCACGGCGCAGACCAUCUUGCGUCUGUUUCCCGACAUCGACACCACCAGCGAUGCGCUGGACGGCCAUGAUGAGGAGCAGAUUCGAUUGAUGGACGAAGUGUGCAUCGUACUUGAUGAGAACGACUUGCCAAUUGGCACCGCCAGCAAGAAGCUUUGCCAUUUGAUGACCAACAUCGACAAGGGUCUUCUCCACCGAGCCUUCUCCGUCUUCCUCUUUGAUGACCAGAAUAGGCUUCUUCUGCAGCAGCGUGCGUCUGAGAAGAUCACCUUCCCUGACAUGUGGACCAAUACCUGCUGCUCGCACCCCCUCGGCAUACCUACGGAAACCGGCUCCAACCUCCCCGACUCCAUUGCAGGCGUCAAGAAUGCGGCGCGGCGCAAGUUGGACCACGAGUUGGGCAUUAAGAAGGAACAGGUUCCUUUUGAAGACUUCCAUUUCCUGACACGCAUCCACUACAAGGCGCCGAGUGAUGGAAAGUGGGGGGAGCAUGAGAUUGACUACAUUCUCUUUAUCAAAGCCAAUGUGGACCUCAACCCGAACCUGAACGAGGUUCGGGAUACAAAAUACGUCACGGCAGAUGAGCUGAAGGAGCAGUUCAAGGAUCCGAGUCUUACGUUCACGCCAUGGUUCAAGCUCAUCUGCAACUCUAUGCUCUUUGAAUGGUGGGAGAGCCUCGACUCCGGCCUGGAGAAGUACACGGACGAGCAAGAGAUUCGCCGCAUGUAA